UUUUUUAAAAUUGUUCAUUCUAGCUAGCUAGGUCCGGGUAAAGCUGAAACUCCACUACUACUAUUGCAAGCGUAUCCUGUACAGCAAUUUAUUGUUUAACUUCUCACCACCAUCAUCAUCAUAUAUUAUUCCUCAUGUUAGACAACACCAUCAAUACUGCUUCUUGUUCUUCCGAUGCCCAAAACCUCCCUAACAAAAGAAAAAGAAGACCCGCUGGAACCCCUGAUCCAGAUGCAGAAGUGGUGUCUCUGUCUCCCAAGACGCUGCUGGAAUCGGAUCGUUACGUGUGUGAGAUCUGCAACCAAGGGUUCCAGAGGGACCAGAACCUGCAAAUGCAUAGGAGGAGGCACAAGGUGCCCUGGAAGCUUCUCAAGAGGCAAGGAGGAGGCGGUACAACCAUCAUGAAGAAGAAGGUGUUCGUGUGUCCGGAACCCAGCUGCUUGCACCAUGACCCGUGCCACGCGCUGGGUGACCUGGUGGGGAUCAAGAAACACUUCAGAAGAAAGCACAGCAACCACAAGCAGUGGGUCUGCCAUAAGUGCUCCAAGGGUUACGCCGUUCAAUCCGAUUACAAAGCUCACAUCAAAACCUGUGGCACCCGUGGCCAUUCCUGUGACUGUGGCCGCGUCUUCUCCAGGGUGGAGAGUUUCAUAGAACACCAGGAUGCGUGCACUGUGAGGCAGCACCGACCACUGCAACCGGCAUGCUCUUCAAGAACAGCUUCAAGCACAAGUCCAUCCAGUGACGCUAAUUUUACCGUCACUGCCCCACUGCAACCACUUCCACCACCACCGCCACCACUGCCAUCACCUUCAGAGAUUCACAGGAACAAUAGUAAUACUCACAACUUGGAACUUCAGCUCCUACCUACUUCAAUAAACUCUCAUCAAAACCACGAAACCCGCUUGAGACUCGCAAUAGGUGGGGACAAUGGGAGGAGUGUUGAAGAAGAAAGGAACAAUAACAAUAGUGUAAUGAUGGUGGGUGAUUCUUCUUCCACAUUGGAAGUGGCAAGGUUGAAGGAGUGUGCAGGACAGGAGCUGAAGUUGGCAAUGGCGGAAAAGGCCUAUGCAGAAGAGGCAAGGAGAGAAGCGAAACGGCAGAUUGAGAUAGCUGAGCUUGAGUUUGAGAAUGCAAAGAGGAUAAGGAAGCAAGCACAAGCUGAGCUUGGAAAGGCUGAAGCUUUGAGAAAGCAAGCCAUCAAGAAGAUGACUUCAACUCUCAUGGAGAUAACAUGCCAUGCUUGCAAGCAAAACUUUCACUCUUCCAACAAUGGCGUUGGGGUUCCGUCUGAAGAGACCUCCAUUGUAAUGAGUUACAUGUCAUCAGCAAACAACACUGAUGAUGGUGAAGCAGAAUAGUCAGUCACAUAUAUAACCCCUUUAAUUGUAUUAUGCCGUUUAGAAAGAAAAGAAAAGAAAAGAUGAAAAAGGUUUACGAGCUAAUUGAGUAGUGAUGGUUGUUUUCUUCUUUUUCUGUUUUCUUUUUACUCUUGGCUGUCUGAAAAUUUGUUGUAUGAUUUAGAGAAAGUUCAUAUUCUUUAUUAAUAUUGUGUUGUUGUCAUCGAUCGUGAGAUGCAGUGCUUAGGAGUUUGAGUACUGACAAGGUUUGAUUAAAGGUCCUGAGUAGUUGUAACUUAAUUAAUUGUUUUGUUCA